AGCCACUGAGCGUGGAGGUCACAGACCCUUGGGUAGUGAGUGCUGUGCUCACACAUAGCACAGACCAGGAUCCCAACUGGAGGGCCUGUUUUUAGGAUCAGCAUAGAAGCUGCGUUGGACACAAAAGGACAGCUGUGAGGACGAAGGUGGAAUUGUCUCUACUACAGGAUCAAGUAGACAUGAAACAGCCCCUGAUCCUGUCCUUUCUCCUGCUGGGGAUGGUUUCUGCUUUUCAUCUGGAGACUGCUCAUCUGGAGAAUCCCAAGAGAGAGGAAAGCCUGAAGCAGGAAGCAGAUGGUUCGAGGGAGCAAGGGAGAGAGUUGGCUCUGACUCAAGAGACAAAGCAGACAGAGGGAGAGGAGGUUGAGGGUUCCCAACACCAAGACAUUUUUGAGGAUGAGGAGGCAAUGGAGUCAGAUCCAGAUGCCUUAAAUAAGGACUCUGCUUGCCCCAAGGAAGAGGACACAACUCAUUUUCAGGGAACUCCUGGGUGCAAGAGCUGCAACUAUGUGCUGGUGAGGACUCCCGAGACAUUUGAUAAGGCUCAGAGAGUCUGCAGGAGAUGCUACCGAGGCAACCUUGCUUCCGUCCACAGUUAUAGUUUCAACUACCAAAUUCAGAACUUGGCCAGGAAGAUCAAUCAGUCCAUCGUCUGGAUUGGAGGCAUCCUCAGGGGAUGGUUCUGGAAGAAGUUUUGCUGGAUGGAUGGGAGCUGCUGGGAUUUUGGAUACUGGGCCCCAGGGCAGCCUGGGAGUGGGGGAGGACACUGUGUGACUCUGUGUACCAAAGGGGGCCAUUGGCGAAGAGCUUCAUGCAAAAGUCACCUGCCUUUCAUCUGCUCCUUCUAAGAUGGAGCUAGAUCCUACUUGGAAUCUCCUGCCUUCACAGCCCUGGCUGCUUAUCCCCAUCCUUUGGCAUUCAAUUCUGUCCCCAGUCCCUCCUGGUCAUAAAGUCAGGCUUUCCACAGCAUACCCUACAUCUUUCUUCUUCAUUGCCUUUUCUUGGAGACCCCAGCCUGUUUGGGAAAAUCCUGGAAGUAAAAGAUGGUGGUGCUAGGCAGUCUGGUGCAGUUGGGGAGCAGUGACAAAGUUUGGGGCACUGUGUGGUGGCAGCACUGAGUUACCUGGAAGCUGAGCAAUGCUCUCUGCUGUCCUGUCUUCACUGGGCUCAGAUUCCACCUUUCUACCCAGUGAGAGGAGAGCAGAGAAGAUUCCCACCUUUUCUUGGCAUCAGUAUGAGGUGGAGAGGAACUCGAGAGGACAGCGCUGGUAUUCCUUCAGUAAGCUGGCUCUGUAACGUGUCCCUGCUUCUGCCUAAUACAGGUUUGGGCACAAGUUGAUUCUUACAGUUCUCCAGCUCUUGGUUUCCCUGCCACUGGGAGUCUGUGUGUCUUAUCCUGCCUAGCUGCUUCAUCUAAAAUUUACUCAUGACUGCAGCAAGAUCUUGCUUAGUCCAGGUAACAUAAGUAGAUAAAUCAACAUUAAAAGAUGAGCCAACAAAUGUCUUGACUUUCCCCUAAUACAUAUCCCACAGAAGCCAACAUUUCUCACUCUAGCAUCACAAAUCUCUGGGUUCAUGUCAGUUCCUCUUCCAUUCUUUAAUUUUAUGCAGCCUUGGUUUCUUUUGUAAAAUGAUGAUUAAAUUAUGUAAUGUCUGUCAUACAUUGAGCCUGCAGCUUGCCAAAGGUGAGCCACUCCACCAGUGAAUGACAGUGUACAUGUUGAGCAAUGUAGUCUUGAGAGAGAACAUAGAUUCCAGCUCUAGUUCCAA